GUCACAGAGCAGAAGAGCUGAUACCAGUUGUUGUAUUUACUGCAGAUUUGAAAAUGAAAGGAACAUUUUUGGCUGUAGUUUGUCUGCUGGGACUGCAUUUCUGGAUUCAAGGUGUAGCCGGUGCACAGCUAGACCCGAGUCUGCCAGGUGGGAGAUGUAGGUGUCGUAAAGUGACAAUGGACCCCGUAGGAAAGCAUAUGAUUAAGAAGAUUGAACUAAUACCUUCACGAGUUUAUUGUCCAAUGACCGAGAUUGUCAUAAGAACAAAAAAUGAUCAGGCUGUAUGCAUUGAUCCAGAAGCAAAGUGGUUUAAAAACAUGUUUCCUCGUCUAAUUCAAAAAAAAGGAAUAAAACCAUGAAGUUCAAGCAAAACCACGUAACAGUCAAGAAUACAUUUCAAUAUGUGGAUCAAGAAAUAUUUUCUUUGCAUUAUCUUGAAGAAAAGGUGCUAUAAUGAAGCAGUUACUAGUAUUUUUAGAGGUUACUUCACAGGCAUAAUGAAUGGUAAAUGGGUAGAAAUCAAUAUGUUAUCGUUUGGCUACAGCUGUAACCACAUGCAGAUUACCAUCAUUUGGUUUUAUGUGCUUCGCCCACACCUGCAGCAAACCAUGGCAGAUAUCGGUGAUCCACAAGUGGUUACAUGUACGGGUGCAUAUGUACUGACCAAUAAUCUUCCCAAUUUGCUCAUUUCUGAGUGUUCAAAAUGAUAGUUGAACAGUAUACCGUAGAAGAAGAAAGAGAUUAACGACAAAUAAUAAUAAAAUUAUUAUUAAUGAUCUUGACCUUUCGUUGUACCACUAAAUUAAAUUGUUUGGAGGUAUAUAUUCUUCAUAUCAACACUAGCAUGCUCAAUAGGGAUGGCUGCAUGACUCUUGAGAUACAUCACUAGGCAACAAAGGAAAUUACGAUGAUAAGGACAAUAAGCCAUGAUGCUAGUGUGAACAGACCCUUAAAGGGGUUUUCCCAGUAAUAUUGAUUUUUAAGCAAGUGCCAGCAGCCUGCCCCCUGAAAUAGGAGAUUCAUACUUACCUGCUUCAUGUUAUUCCGGUCUUCAGCACUGCUUCCACUGUCUCCAUCUUCCAGUCCCAGCACUGUUUCUGGCAAUGCAGCCAAUGACUGGCUUGAGCAGUGAUGUGACCACAAUCAGUCACUGCAGAAUGUAAACAGUGCAGGGACUGGAAGAUGGAGACAGUGGGGGAAACACGGAGGACCUUGGUGGUAUGGAGUACGUAAGUAUGAAUCUUCUAUUUCAGGGGUCAGGUUGUGGGCACUUGCUUAAUUACUGGAAACUCCAUUAAUACAAGGUUGCUAGAUAUGUACUUGGUGGUAAGGUAUAUAGGUCAUACUGUGAAUUACAUUUGACACUUCCAAGGAAGUACUCAUGCUGUGAAUUAUAAAUGAGCUUUGUAUAUACAUAUAUUAUUUAUAAGAAAUUUUAAACCAAAACUAUACUAGCUUAAAAAUACUUUUCAACCAGUUUUAAUUUGCUAUUUACAGUUUAAUACCUGUAUAUCUUUAAUUAACCUUAAUAAAAAUGUUCUCAUUACUUU